UGUUUAAAUAAUUAUUAAUUGAUUAUAAUUAAUAAAUAAAAAAGAAUAUAAAAUGGCCAGUACCGAACCACCGCCAUUGCUUGUUGAAGGGGAAUCAAGUUCUUCAGUCGAGGAGGCCAUUGGCAUUAAAGAACCUGGAGACCCUUUCUUCAAUGUUGGGCUGGCUGUUGCUGACACUGAUUCUUCCUUUGGGAAGAAAGAUCCUUCGUCAGGUUUCUUUGAUGACAUCGACAUAUUUGAAGAAGAAGCAAAAUUCCAGAGAGAAAGGAUUUUUAACGAUAAAAUGUCGAAUGAUGAAGGCAAAAAAAGUGAAAAUUUUUUUGAGAAAAUGACGUUGCCUGGUCCAGAUGAGGGGACAAAAGAUAAGAACCCCACAGCAUUAGCACCACCAUCUGGCCAUGCUGAACCCUCCUCGGAUGGGAACAUACCACCUCAGAAAACCUCACCACAACCACCUCAAACUCUCGAGAAUAUUCACUUGGAAUCAAUACUCGACUCGUCCAUGCAACAUUCAGUGACGUCAUUAUUAUCAGACGUCGGGGCUUUUUCUCCGCUGUCAUCCGAUAGCGCCAUGGUUUCCUCCUCCGGUACGACAGCUUCUUCUAAUGAUAAUUUUUUUGCUGACAACAAUUCCACUCAUGAUGAAGCUGCCUCUGUGGCUGUAGCGACUGCGGCUACUGCAACUACCGCAUCUGCAUCGACUUCGCCAUCCAAUGCAUCAGCAAAGACAGCAGCAGAAAUCUUUCCACCAACUUCACCCCCACCAGCAAUGCCAUUGGGGAUGCAGCCAGCAGUAGCGACAACAGCGACGACGACGUUACAGCAACAACAACAGCAGCCAUUGACGUCACCACAACCAACACAAUCAUCAUUCUUGCCAUUGAUGGAUAUGACCCAGUCAACUUUGGGAUCACCAUCCACCACUUUUCCGACCAUCUUGGAGGCGUACGACCCACAGUCACUACUACAGCAGCCACACAUCCUCUCACCACCGUCACCAUCUUCAAUGCUGCCUUUCCAGACAUCAUCAUCAGUUUCGCCACCAUCAUCAUCAGCUCCGCCAACAUCAUCGUCAGCACCGCCACCAUCAUCGUCGUCUUCCUCCUCAUCACUUCCUCUGUUCAGACCGCCAGCUGGUUACAAGCAAGUUGACCAUCCCACCGCCAAUGUCAAUGUCAAUCCACCCAAGUUUAGCCAGAAAGAGCCACAGCCAGACCCGUACAGCAUCAUUAUCAGGAUUGACGAGGUCAAGAAGGUCGGGGACGGGGUCAACGCCUACAUGACCUUCAGGAUCUGCACCAAGACAGACAUUCCUGCCUUCCGCCAUCCAACCAAUGAGGUGUUCAGAAGAUUUAGUGACUUCUUGGGACUGCAUGAACGAUUGGUUGAGAAACAUGCGAGGGAGGGGAGAAUAAUCCCACAGGCUCCUGAGAAGAGGAUGGCUAAGGUCAAGGUCUCGAAAAAUGAUUCGACAACUGAGUUCGUUGAGAACAGAAGAGCAUCUUUAGAAAGGUACCUCUGCCACAUCGCCGCCAACCCGCACCUCCGCUCCGACCCGAUCUUCGUGGACUUCCUGGAAACGGAGGGUGACCUGGCCAGGGCAACGAACACCAGCGCCCUCUCUGGGGCCGGGGUCAAGAGGUUACUGCUCAAGGUCGGGGAGGGAUUCGGAAAGAUAGCCUACAGGAUGGAGGAGACAGAUGAGUGGAUGGCCAAAAGAAAUGAGGAUUUGAACUCACUGGAGCAGGAGUACAGGUCACUGCAGAGCAAUCUCGAACAUAUGAUCCAGUCGAGGAGAGAGUACUCACAAAACUUGGGAAUGUUAUCAAGGAGCAUGUCUCUGCUGGCCAGCGUGGAAGAGAAUGUCGCCCUGUCACGUGUCUUGGCGCAAUCGUGUGAGGUUUUCGAUGGACUGGAGAGUUCGCAUUCGAUCCAGGUCAACGAUGAUAUGUUGAAUGUUCUGGAUUACGUGAAGGAUCAUAUUGGGGUUAUUCAAUCCGUUAAGAAUGCUCUACAGGAGCGUGUGAAGAUGCAUAAAAUCUGGAAAGACAGUGAAGUGACCCUGGCUAAGAAGAGAGAGGUCAAAGUGAAGUUGGAACUGGCCCACAAGAUGUCGGAUAAAAUUGCCGAAGCUGAGAGGGAAGUUAAGGAGUGGGAACACAACCUCGAGAAAAGUGAAGAAGAUUUUGAGAGAAUUUCUGAAAAUGUGAAGCAGGAGAUGUUGAGGGUUGAUGUGGAAAAUAUGGGGGCGUUCAGGACCAUGGCAUUGGCCUACCUCGAAUCCUGCCUAGCCAAUCAGCAAAGAGUUAUAAAACUCUGGGAAGCAUUCCUCAUCGAAGCAAGGAGUCUUUAAAUUCCGGAUUUGUAAUAAAUGGAAUAAGAAGCUUGAUUAUUAUUAUUAUUAUUAUUUAUUUAUUUAUUUAUUAUUAUUUUAUUACCGUUUCAAUGUUAUUAUUCUGAUAUAUGUUGAUAAUAAUUAUUUUAAAUUGAUUGAUUGGUUGGUUGAUUGAUUGAUUGGUUGGUUGGCUGGUUGAUUGAUUGAUUGAUUGAUUGAUUGAUUGAUUGAUUGAUUGAUGUAUAGAUAUCUUGAUAGCUGCAACUGCUUGAAUCUUAAAUGGAUUUAAUAAUAAUGAUAAUAAUUAUUAUUAUUAUCAACUAAUUACUGAUAUUUAUUACUUUAAUUAAAUAAUAAUUAUUAUUAUCAUAAAUUAAAGUUUCUUAAUUAUGAAGAGCUUAUGAAGAGUUUCUAAUCCAUUCA